UUGCACCUACCUACCUACCUAAACCAAACCAAACCUCCCCUUCUCACUCUUCCAACUUCGCCACAUAUCACCAAUACCACCAAUACCACCACCACCACCAAUGUCGUCCCAACCCCCCUUCGCCACGGCCCUCCUCGCCGGCGGCAUAGCCGGCACCACCGUCGACCUCUCUCUCUUCCCCCUCGACACCCUGAAGACCCGCCUGCAGUCGCGCGACGGCUUCUUCCCCUCCGGCGGCUUCCGGGGCAUAUACCGGGGCGUCGGGAGCGCCCUGGUCGGCAGCGCGCCCGGCGCCGCCUUUUUCUUCUGCACCUACGAGGGCGUCAAGGGCGUGCUUGCCGACAGGCGCCGCGGGCCGACCGGCAACAGCGAUCCUAUACGCCGGAACACCUGGGAAGCCCCCCUGGAGCACAUGCUCGCGGCGAGCCUGGGCGAGGUCGCGGCUUGCGCCGUCCGUGUGCCGACCGAGGUGGUGAAGCAGCGCGCGCAGGCCGGUUUGCACGGGGGCUCGAGCGCCGCGGCCUUGGGCGCGAUAUUAUCACAGCGUCGGGACAUAGGGUUGGCGGGGGUAUGGCGGGAAUUAUACCGGGGGUGGGGCAUCACCGUGAUGCGCGAGGUGCCGUUUACCGUGAUCCAGUUCCCAUUGUGGGAGGCGCUGAAGGGCUGGGGCCGGCGGCGGAAAGGUCUAGGUAGUGGAAAUGUGGAGGUGGGCGCGGGCGAGAGCGCGCUGUAUGGCAGUGUAUCUGGUGCUGUAGCGGCGGGUGUCACGACGCCGCUGGAUGUUCUUAAGACCCGGAUUAUGCUAUCUAAGGAACGCGAGAGCGUCUUUGUCGUGCUGAAAGAUUUACUAUCCAGUCAUGGGAUACGACCUUUCUUCGCCGGCAUAGGGCCUAGGGUUAUGUGGAUUAGCGCCGGCGGCGCCAUAUUCCUCGGGAGUUACCAAUGGGCUGUAAAUGCCCUACAAGGAAACGUCUUAUAACAGUCAUAAUAUCCACGUGACGACCGCAAUUAGAUGAACAAAUGCAGGAGAUCGAGACUGAACAGGACAGUCCUCGCUGUAUAUAACUCGUGGGGGGUAUAUACCAGUAGCCGCGUUC